AUAUUGAGAGCAAGGUGUGUGCAGGCGAUAAGCACGGCACAGACUCAGGGUGUGGCUUACCACAGAGAAACAGAAAGAGACACGAGAGUGUGUGUGACACACAAAACAGAAGCAGAGCACCGUCCUGAUGUGUCGUCCAGUGGACUCUACACGACUCUCCACGUCUACGCUCUGCAGAUGAGAGGAGCACGUACAAUCUGACAGCAUGUCGUCCAACUCCUCGGCCGAUAACGUGUGUGCAGCCAACGACCAGCUCUGUAUUGUGACGUACUACAUGAAAGAGGUGAUCAUCGUCCCCACGCUGCUCCUCCUGGGGAGCCUGGUCACCUUACUGGCCCUGUGCUUAGUGAUGUGUUGUCCUGAACGGAAGCGGACACAGACCAGCGCCCCUCCGCGCUACCACAGCUCAUCAGACAGACACAAUCAGAGGACGAGGCAACGGCAUCACCUACAGGGAAUCGAUGCCCCCCCUGGGAUAAACCCCCUGGAACACGAAGAACUGCCAAUGUCAGUUCAACAAGAGCAGCGGCAGACUGUACUGCCAACUCAGACCGCAGUACCUCGGGUGUCCACGGAGAGGCAGCAUGGAGCCUUCAGCCAGGUCACCCCCCUGCCGCUGUCCUUCCCCGUUAAACCGGACAACACAGUCAGCCUCUACAGAGCGCGCAUGGACAACAGGGACGUCGUCCUGAGGAUGCUCAAAGAACGGGCCAACAGUAGUGAGAAGCAGCACUUUUUCGGUUUCGCUUCCUUCGUGUCAGGACUGGGGCCCCACCCCUUCAUACCUCAGUUGCUGGGUGUGGUCUCCGUCCAGCCGCCCCCCAUGAUGGUGGUGGAGGAGCUGCAGCACAGAGACCUGUUGGGGUACCUGUGGAGAUGUCGACAGGAUAACUCGGGUUCAGAGUCGUCAUGUGAAAUGACAGAGAAGAGGAUCUUCACCAUGGCAGGACAAGUGGCCUCUGCUCUGGAGUACCUGCACAGUCAGCGCUGCAUCCAUGGCAACGUGGGAGCUCGCAGCGUGCUGAUUGGUGGAGAUCUGACAGCGAAGCUGUGGGGAUUAAGCUCGGCCUAUUGCAGGACUACUCCAGCCGUUUCUGCCGGGGAAAUAGAGGACAAGGAGACUAGGAAGUGGCAGGCACCGGAAGUGUUGGGCAGAAGAGGCUUCCAGCAGAGCAGUGACGUAUGGUCCUUUGGUAUGCUGCUCUAUGAAAUGGUCACAUUGGGUGACCCACCGUUUGCCCAGAUCUCUGCAAAUGAACUUCUGCAGCAUCUGCAAAGAGGGAAGCAUCUCAAACGGCCCGUCAGAUGCUCCAACUCACUGUAUUCGAUCAUCAGAGCCUGCUGCCAUUGGCGCCCCGAACAACGUCUCUCGAUGUCAGAGCUCAUUAGGACGCUUCACGAGGCAGAGAGCUCAGCCAAUGGGAGCACGGUCCUCAGAGCGUCUCAACCACUGGACAUUGAGAAGUACCUGAGAGAGGCGGGAUAUGGAGACUCGUACAACUACGCUGUGCUCUGAUUGGCUCAGACCGUCAUCAGUCGGAACUGCUCAGGGUACAAGAACGAAGAAUUGCAAUGAAAUACAACCUCAGCAGAAAAAAACAGUCAACCACGUCAAACGUUUAUACUGUAUAGUUGGAAAGUAAUAUAUAAAUAUAUAUAUAGGGUGUAAAUAUUUUUUUUGUGUAGUACAACUAUGGUCAUCUGAAUUACUUAUAAUGAACAAAAACUAUGCAACUUAGCAGCAUUUUUUGUAAAGGAAGUAUUGUGUCAUACAUAGAAACGUUCCAGAGGCAUUACAGCAGAGGACAUGAUGUGCACUAUAAUAUAUUGUGUGAAGAGACAAUAAUACUUUCACUGUAAAACUAGCGUGAUGCAACAAAUGACUUUAAAGCAUCAUAAUGCCAAAAAUACCUGUAAUGUUAUGAUUAUUACAUGUCACACAUAGGCGUAACCACACAUCCAUUGGGGGGGUUGUGUCCCCCCCCCCCAAUAUACAGCAGAAAAUAUGUAAAAUAUAUUUUCUCCUUUUAUGAACCCUGUCAAUGGAUCGGUCUCUUGGCUCGUUGGUUCUCGCACACCGCUGUCGGACAUCUUUGUCUCCAUCGUGCGCUCACUGAGCAACAACUGGACCAACUGCUGCUGAGGAGAGACGGAGACUUUUCUACAUCCUCCGUGUUGUGCUUCACAGAGACCUGGCUCUGUGGAUCGAUACCGAUCCAGCUGCUCAGAGCAGAAGGCGACACAGAGCUCCCCGGCAAGGCGAAGGGUGGAGGAAUCUGCUUCUACUCCAACACCAGCUGGUGCAACGACGUAACAGUGAUCCAACAACACUGUUCUCCUGAUGUGGAAUCUUAUCAUUAGCUGUAAACCCCUUUACUCCCCGUGAGUUCGCUUCGUUCAUCCUGCUCGGUGUUUACGUGCCGCCGCCGGGCAACGCGCACGAGGCACAGCGGACACUCGCCGACCCGAUGCGGUGUGUGGAGCUGGACCAACCCGGACUCCUUGGUUAUUGUCCUCGGGGACUUUAACAAAAGGAACCUCAGCCAUGAACUUCCUAAGAACAAACAGUCUAUGAAAUGCCCCCACAAGUACAAAACCCGCUUUCAAAAAAUGAUGGGA